UGCCUGAAAAGGCUGCGAGGCGCCGGCGGGGAGGGAGAGGAGGCGCAGACGGCGCCCCAGCCCGCACCACCGCCGCCGCGCCCCGGGGGAUGCCGAGGCGCCUGCCCCGCGGGUCGCCCUAGGGGAGAGGCGCUCCGCCGGCACCGCCCGCCCCGCAGCCCCGGCGCGGGCAGCGCCGCCGCCCCUCGCUGAGCCCCGCCGGAGCUGCUGGUCGCGAGUGGGGCGCCCACACGGGGCGCGGCGAUCCCGGGGUAGCGAGGCGAAGCCCGGCCCCGCAGCCUCGGGUCUUGUGUUGUGGGUUUUGGUGGUUUUUUUGUGUUUUUUUUUUUAAUAAUUUGUUCCGGAGGAUGGAUACGUUUCUUCUCGCCUGGGGAUUUCUAGGGCUGUGCUUGCCCGGCUCCGGAGGCACAGCAGAGACAGCUCAGCCAUGCGGGGGCCGCCUGAACUCCAAGGAUGCCGGGUACAUCACCUCACCAGGGUACCCCAAUGACUACCCCUCCCACCAGAACUGUGAAUGGGUCAUCUACGCCCCUGAACCCAACCAGAAGAUUAUCCUCAACUUCAACCCUCACUUUGAAAUCGAAAAACACGACUGCAAGUACGACUACAUCGAGAUCCGUGAUGGGGACAGUGAAGCAGCAGACCUGCUGGGCAAGCACUGUGGGAACAUUGCACCUCCUACCAUCAUCUCUUCUGGCCCCUCUCUCUAUAUCAAGUUCACCUCAGACUACGCACGGCAAGGUGCCGGCUUCUCUCUGCGCUAUGAGAUCUACAAGACAGGCUCUGAGGACUGCUCCAGAAACUUUACUGCCCCCAACGGCACUAUUGAGUCUCCAGGUUUCCCUGACAAGUAUCCACACAACCUGGACUGCAUCUUCACCAUCAUAGCCAAGCCAAAGACAGAAAUCCUCCUCCACUUUGUGCUUUUUGACCUCGAGCAUGACCCACUGCAGUCAGGGGAAGGAGACUGCAAGUAUGACUGGCUAGACAUCUGGGAUGGCAUCCCUCAGGUUGGCCCCUUGAUAGGCAGGUAUUGUGGUGCUAAGAUGCCAUCAGACAUCCGUUCAACCACCGGCGUCCUCUCUCUCACCUUCCACACGGACCUGGCAGUGGCUAAGGACGGCUUCUCUGCUCAGUACUACUUGAUCCACCAGGAAGUCCCAGAAAACUUUCAGUGCAAUGUGCCUCUGGGGAUGGAGUCUGGCAGGAUCUCCAACAUGCAGAUCAGUGCCUCCUCCACCUACUCAGAUGGGCGAUGGACCCCCCAGCAGAGCCGGCUCAACAGUGACGACAACGGCUGGACCCCCAAUGUAGACAGCAACAAAGAGUACCUCCAGGUGGACCUCCACUUCCUGACUGUGCUCACAGCCAUUGCCACACAGGGUGCCAUCUCAAGAGAAACCCAGAAGGGCUACUAUGUCCGUACCUACAAGCUGGAGGUCAGCACCAAUGGGGAGGACUGGAUGAUGUACCGACACGGGAAAAACCACAAGACAUUUCAGGCCAAUGAGGAUGCCACAGAGGUGGUUCUCAACAAGAUCCACAGCCCAGUGCUCACACGCUUCGUGCGCAUCCGUCCCCAGACGUGGCACAACGGCAUCGCCCUGAGGCUGGAGCUGUAUGGCUGCCGCAUCACUGAUUCACCCUGCUCCAACUUGCUGGGAAUGCUUUCUGGCCUCAUUCCUGACUCCCAGAUCUCAGCCUCUUCCAUCAGAGGCUAUGACUGGUCUCCCAGCAUGGCCCGCCUGGUGAGCAGCCGCUCGGGCUGGUUUCCCCGUGUGCCCCAGGCCCAGCCCGGGGAGGAGUGGCUGCAGGUGGACCUUGGCGUCCCCAAGAACAUCAAAGGCGUCAUCAUUCAGGGGGCCCGGGGAGGGGACAGUGUGAGCACCACCGAGUCCCGUUCCUUUGUGAAGAAGUUUAAGGUGGCCUACAGCAUGAAUGGAAAGGACUGGGACUUCAUCCAGGACCCCAAAACAAUGCAAGCCAAGCUUUUUGAAGGCAACAUCCACUACGACAUCCCUGAGGUGCGGAGGUUCGACCCUGUUCCUGCCCAGUACAUCCGAGUGCACCCGGAGAGGUGGUCCCCAGCAGGGAUAGGAAUGCGCCUGGAGGUGCUGGGCUGUGACUGGACAGAUGUCAGGCCCACUGCAGAGACACUGGUGCCCACUUUGAAGAGUGAAGAGACCACCACUCCCUACCCAACAGAUGCAGAAGCAACUGACUGUGGUGAGAGCUGUGGAGAAGAGGAAGAUUUCCAACUCCCUGCGAACUUCAACUGCAACUUUGAUCUUCCUGAAGACCUCUGUGGUUGGUCACACGACUUGGCAACCGGUUACACAUGGUCUUUCCAGCCUUCAGGCACCUGGACUGGCAGCUCUGAAGCAAGCCCUGAUGCUGUACCUGAUGUCAAGAAUUACCUGCAACUGCAAAGCAGCAGGAGGCGGGAAGGCCAGCGAGCUCGGCUCAUCAGCCCCACCAUCUACUUGCCCCAGAGUGCUGUCUGCAUGGUUUUCCAGUACCAGGCGUGGGGCAGCAAUGGGGUGAUGCUGCGGGUGUGGCGGGAGGCCAGCCAGGAGCACAAGGCUCUGUGGGUCAUCACCGAGGACCAGGGGGAGGAGUGGAGGGAAGGCCGCAUCAUUUUGCCAAGCUACGACACAGAGUACCGGAUCGUGUUUGAGGGGUUUAUCCGCAGUGGCCACUCGGGAGAGCUGGCCCUGGAUGACAUCCGGCUGGGCACCGACAUCCCGCUGGAGAACUGCAUGGAACCCAUCACAGCUUUCCCAGGUGAGAACUCCUACUUUCCAGGGGCAACCCUCCUGCCAGGGACCGAGCCCACAGUGGACACGGUGUCAGUGCAGCCCAUCCCAGCCUACUGGUAUUACGUUAUUGCCGCCGGAGGUGCUGUUGUGGUGCUGGUCUCCGUCGCGCUGGCCCUUGUGCUCCACUACCACCGGUUCCGCUAUGCGGCCAAGAAGAGUGAUCACUCCAUCACCUACAAAACCUCCCACUAUGCCAACGGGGCACCUGUGGCCGUGGAGCCCACCCUAACCAUAAAACUAGAGCAAGACCCCGGCUUGCGCUGCUGAGAGCCGAACAGGAACGAGAAAGCAAACAAAACACAAAACAGACAGACAGACAAAAACUAAGACUUCAAAUACGUUGCCUCAGUUUUGCACUUUUUUCCUUACCUAGCAUACGUGUGAACUCUUAGAUAUCUCCAUCCCUUCUCCGUCCCCCAGCCCUCCCCGAAUCUUUUACAAACUCUAAACUAAUGCUGCAUCUUGGAUCGCCAGAAGAGACACACCACCCCUUCACUUCAGAAGUGAACACUCCCUUUCUAUUACUUUUCAAGGAUACUUGGGGUGUCAGGUGGGGGUUUAUUUUGUUUUGUUGUGUUUGUUUGGGGAGUUUUUUGGGUUUUUUUAUUGGUCAGCUUCUUUGGGUUUUGGGGUUUUUUUCUCCUCCGAGUAGGCAACCUGCAAGGAAACCCGAUGGUGAGCCUGGAAGCUUGUGCGUGAGGCUCAAGUGCAUGUGUGCUAAACCUGCGUGAGUGUGCAUGGGACUGCGUGUGUCUGACUGACUGAAUGUAUAUUUAGAAACAGCCCCUUUUUAAUUUGCUUGUUGUUGCUUCUACUUGCACAGGGAAUGCUUUUAUUUUUGUUUUUGUUGUUGUUGUUGUUAAUUUUCCUUCCUUCCCACCUCCUCUCUGGAAGGUCUGGGACGUGUUUAUGGUGAAUGCCCUGAUUUGUUUACUUGGGGAAGAGAGCAAUGCUUUUUUGUUGCCUUAUCUAGCUUUGGCUGGGUUUCUUGUUUGAUAGUGUUAAUGUCUUGGGUGCAAAUUGAGAAGAGGCCAGGCUGGACAAGUAGGAAUGUCCACCUCAGAUGGCUAGAAAAAUCCAGAGAGAUCCAUAGAUGUUCAAAAAGUAAGAUCUCUCCGUUUUGUUCUUUCUGCAGCCAACAUGAUAACACAGCCAUUGUUUGGAAGAGGGAGGGGAAGCCCUCCUCUUCCCCCACCUGCAAGUGAAUCUAUUUAAAGUUGCCUUAUAUCAGAGAAGCUCAUAAUGAAUGUUUUGUUUGUAUCUGUUAAAGCCAGCCUUAGGGUAACACAUAGACUUCAGCAGGUCUUAGUGGAUGCUAAAUACUGUAGUUUCUUGAGAAUUGAAGGUUUAUUUAUUUAAUAAGUAUCCUCACUCUGGGUGCUGAUGGUUUUGCUUUUACAUGGGGAAGGGGGAGAGGGCUCCUCCUUGUCUUUCUGCUAGAAAUGUUCAAGGGACAAGUAUAGUUCCCCUUUCUGGGUUUGGUUUUUUUUCCUUCUGCCCAAUCUGUAGCUGCUGAAUCAUAAAAAAUUGCCCAUUGACUUUCUAGAAUGUCAGUUUUGCGUUUGCUAAUGUUCUGCUUCUUGGAGCACCAGUAACAUCUAGCAAGCCAAGCCCAGCCAGUGCACCUGGGGGCCCAGCUCUUGCUGCUGCUUUAACUGGGGAGGCGAGGAGGAGCCUCCACAGCCUCCGACUGUUGAAUGGCCCAGCGUAUUGUAGUGGAAAUGCCUUAUAUAAAUUACUGAAUGAUGACAUGCAAAAGUGGUUUGAAUUGUUAACCCUAAUCUGUUUGCAGGCAAAAAAAGUACCUCCAGUGAGCAAGGUUCUCCAUCUUGUUUGUGUCCAUCUGUAAUGAGUGAUCAGAUUCCGUCCCCCCUUCUAAACUUGCUAGUGCCCAUCCCUCCUUUGCCCUUUAAUAUUGCAUAAAAUGAAUCAAGAUGAGCAGCUCUGUUAAUUUCCCUGCAGUCUUGAGCUGCCUUUUGUUCUGGGGAAAAAAGUAGAAAUACAAACUGUGCUGAAGUGGUAUUGGCCCCUGUUGCAGCAUAACCCUAUCCCCAGGGGAUGUCUGUCAAUGGGGGUGUCACUCUAUCCCCCUCCUUGCCUUAAUUCAUGCAGCCAGUUUCAGUUCCCCAUGCUGGUUUCACAGCAGAUCUCAGUGGGAUCCUCUCAGCUGAAGCAGCAAGUGUCUAAAACAAGCAGGGAGUGCAGAAAAGCCCAGGUGAUGUGCCAUGGUGAGCACAUUAGGCGUGGUGGGUGCUCGGGACACCACUGUACAUGGGCCUGACUCCCAUAAGGUUUUUGGGAGCAGCAGGGACAUGCCUGUCCCACAGGACCAGAAUGGACCUGGGAAGCUCCUGCCACCUGGAAGGCAGUGCCAUUGAAAGGUCCCUGGAGAGGGGCUUCCAGGGCCAGGGUGCUUUCACCAUGAGCCUCCUCAUCACACAGCAUUGGUGUUGUAGUGCAUCUGGUUUGGGAUGUGGAAUCCCAUCCCCCUCAGUCAGCUGCAAAUUAAAACAGACGUGAAAUACUGGCACGUGCUUGCUGCACUUUCAGGUCAGUUCAAGCCAUGUCAGCAGAUGAUAUUGUCCCAUUUCCAAAGUCAGUUAGGUCUCCCUAGUUCAGACAAUACUCACUUUGACCAGGUUCACCUCCACGUGCUUAGCAAGUGUGCAUUGGUGUGUCAGAGAGGAGAAUGUGGCACCCUGUCUUUCAAACCAAAAUCACCAAAGACAAAACAGAAGGUCACUUCAAGAUUUUUACUCCCAGUUCUGCCCUGCUCCUUGAGCCCUGACAUCCCCAGCGUUGCCCAGUUGCCUGUGUGUGAAAAAUAUCUUGUGGAAAUUUGAAAUUCUUUGAAGAUGUAUUGUGUGGAAUGUAAUAAAAUAAUGAUAUUUUUAUACAAAUAUCUGGGGUUUUUCUUUCUUCUUCUUUCUUUGCUAAUGAGAAUGCUGUUGGUUGAAGCAAAGCAGAGUUUCAAAAUUCUUUGGAGCAUCAGGGCUAUUCCUUUUAGCCAAGCGAAGCUCCAGUUCCUGCUGCGUGCAGACCCAGCUCCCAGCAGCACAGCUGCUGUGUGCUCCCUGCCUCACUGCACUCAGGAUCGGGCCAUUAAGAGCAGCUUUUAGAUCCAUUACAUUUGUACCAGUCCUUAUGGGAGUUUUGGGAGGCUGGACUGACUCUUGGGAUUGUUUGGGGAUUUCACCAGCAUUGCCUAAGUGCUAAAUUGCUCAGUGUGAUUAUGCAGAAUUUCUCCAGCUGGGGCCCCUGGAGACAGGACAUCCGACUUUCCAGGGCCCCUGGGGCUGGCCUGGCUGCCAGCUCAGCUGAGCUCACUCUGGCCCUGAGCUCAGCAAAAAACGGGUAAGCCAUUACCAAAAUUAAUAAUGAAAACAGCAAUGCUUUCCUCUUCUGUGCAAUCCCUCUGUGUGUCAGACUGUGUAGGGGACCUGUACGGGAGUGGCCUGGCUGUCACAGCUCCGAGUGUUUGGACAGGUGUAUGUCUCCUGCUUUCCCUCCACCUGAGUCCUCCCAACUUCUUACAGGGACCUCUGCUGUAGCAGUUCUGCUUCCCAUCUUCCCUAAGUGCACCUUUCACCCAUCCAGCAGAGUCAGCAGCAUCACAUUUCAUGUGAAAUAUAUUUUGCUGAAAGUUUGUGAGAUUUUUCUUUCCCUCCUUCAUUUAUUUUCUUUCUCCCAUAUUCUUUACCCUGGCAUAAAGCUCAGCUUUGCAAUGAAACUUCCUGACUUUACUAGGAAUUCAGGCCAUCAACAAAAAAAUAAUUCAAAUGUGAUUCCCUCACACUGGCUAUUCAAACACAAGCAAAGCUGAGGACCCACGCUGCUUUUUUGGGAGAGGGCUUUUUUUUUUCCUGUAAUUGUACAGCAAAGCAAAUUACACUUGUAAUUUGCAUUUUGUACACUUCAGCGACUGUUCAAGCAAAAUUCAAAACAAAUAUGCACAUGCGAAAAACAGGGAGGGAGAGAUUGACUGAUGGCUUCCCAACAAGGAAGAAAAAAAUUCUGUUAAGUAAACAGACGAAAAGGGAGAAAUCGUUCAGGAUUAAUUAUUCUGUACGUGUGCCACAGACAGAUUGGCCGGAGAGUUGGGUGCUGCUCAGGCUGCAGCACAUCCUAGGGAAGAAAGCAGCUAAAAUUAGCAUGCUUUUUUUAAGGAAAUAAAUACAGCUUAGUGUGAUUUUGAUGCAAACUCUUCUGCCAGUAUGUUCAGGCAUUUAAGUGUCUACUUAAAAAAAAAA